AAUUUAAUUCUCCGCGAAUAUUUUUGCGCUUUGUAAUUGACUUAAUAGGCAGUUUUUCCUUGCUGUUUGUUUACUUCUAACAUAAACUGUGUGUGUAGGGCGUGCUGUUUGGCAAAUGAACGGUGUGUUUUAAAACCCCAUGGUGAUUGGCGCCGUUGUUUUCCUGGCUGAGAGCCGAGGGGGAUUUCUAUCUUGUCGCUUCCCCUGUUGCUGAGGAUAUUGCAUAAUAUGGCGGUAAGCUGUUGAUGUAGGUCAGAGCCAAAAACCGUAUAGGUCCCACUUGUUUUUAACUAAAAAUAACUUUUUAUCCCGCUCGACCGUCCAGGUCUGUUGGUAGCAUUAGCUUCAUUUUACAAUGGGGAUCAGUAGGAUAUACAUUAGCAUAGGCUAUGCUAGCUUCGGUACUUUGGUUGGAUUUUCAGCCUUCCUUGUUUGGAAUAUCGCCUAUAAACAGCCAUGGACAGCGGCCAUGGGAGGCCUGUCGGGAGCUUUAGCGUUCUGGGUUCUAGUCACACACAUCAUGUACCUGCAGGACUACUGGCGUACCUGGCUCAAGGGCCUCAAAUUCUUCAUUGCUGUCGGUGUGCUCUUCUCAGUUCUGGCUGUCGCUGCCGCCUUUACCUUUCUAAGUCUGGCCAUCACACAGAAACAAUCUCUGACUGACCCGCGGACCCUCUACCUUUCCUGCGUUUGGAGCUUCCUGACGCUCAAAUGGUCUUUCCUGUUGGCCUUGUACUCUUACAGAUACCGCCAGGAGUUUGCCGACAUCAGCAUCCUCAGCGAUUUUUAGCCAGGAGGAUUUUUAUAGACUUCGGUGAAGGUUGAAGGAUUUAGGAAUGCCAGCAGGAGCUGGACUUUGAGCUUUGGAACAGCAGGAGGAAAAGCAGACGUGGCUGAUUUGGAAGUCGUAUGACCUUUACCACGCGGAGAUGCACUUGUUGCUCUCGCAUGACAAGCUCUUUUCUUCGUCUCGUAACCUGUUUUACUACCUAACCACGAGUUACAGCUAAAGUUGAAUGCUUGUUCGGACUGGAGCAGUGCACUUCUGGGAAUGUAGGGAGUGUUUUUUUUCCCUGAGAUUUCAUCUCUUGAUUUGUUUUGUUAUAAAACAACUUGUGUGAAUGGAAAUCACCACCGUUAUGGUGCCGUAAAACAUCAUAACGGUUGGAUUAACACACAGAAAUUAACACACAAAUUCUCAGAACCAAAACGAAAUGCUCAAAGUGUAACCACACGUUUGGUAGGUUGAUGGUGGCUUUUGAAGAUGCGUCUAAGACAGGGGUGGGCACUCCUGGUCCUGGAGGGCCGGUGCCCUGCAACUUUUAGAUGCAUCUCUACUUCAACACACCUGAGUCAAAUAAUAAAGUCAUUAGCAGGACUCUGGAUAACCUGACUGCACUUGGGAGGUGAUUUAGCUGUUGGAUUCAGGUGUGUUGGACCUGGGAGACGUCUAAGAGUUGCAGGAAAUCGGCCUUCGAGGACCAGGAGUGCCCACCCCUGGUCUAAGAGAAUGGCAUUAUAAAAGUUUAUCAUCUCCUAUGGAUCUCAUGAUAGCAGAUGUUUAGACAUUGGUGCCACUGAAGUUGAAUUAGUUUCCAUACCAAAAAACCCCCCAAAAAACUGAUACAGGUUUUGGUUUUUUUCUCUUUAGAAGUAGCAGUUGCACAUGUGAUAAUUUACAGUGGGGAAAAUAGGUGUUAAAUAUGUUAAAGUUUUUCUCCAUGAAUACAUUUUUAAAGAUGCUAUUGACAUGAAAUUCAAAACAGAUGCUGGGUGAUGCACAAAAAUAAAUAAAAACAUAAUUCUAUAAAUUAUAUAGAGUAAAGUGGAAUGGCACAGGUAAUAAGCAUUGAAGUAGCUUGAUGAAUUUUCUGUUUAGUUCUUUGUUGAAAAGAAUUUUUAGUAAUGGCAUCGUCCAGACAUUCACACCAGAAAAUUUGUUGCUCUGGUGUGAUUUAUGUUAAAGUUCUUCUGGUUACUUUAUUUUCUAUCUAUAAAAACAACAGUGUAUGUGAGAGAUUGUCUUGUUUAAAAAUCCACCCCUCAAUUUAUCUUCAGAUUCUUAUCAAGGAUGUCUAUUUAUCCUUCCUUCAAUUAAAGGGAGGCUGCCUGUGUAAUGUUAGGGAUAGGAAUUCAUCAUACUGUUUACUUGCAUCAUGAAAUGAUCAAUUGUUUAUUCAGUGAUGAUAAUAAUGAUGCACGCUGAUGGAAAUCCUGAAAUAAUUGACAGCAUGGUUGAGGUUGUUACUGUUGGAUCUUCUCUCCUUUGUUAUCUCAAAGAGAAUGGCCGUAAAAGCUGCUUCUAUGUUGUAAAAUAUGAUUUAAUGCUUCUGCUGGAUAUGUUUUAGCAGCACUGUGGCAUUACUGAAUGAAACUAGAUGAUAAUGGGAACAAUAUUUGUGUUUGCAAAUAUGUCUAAUGGAUUGAUAGCUGAAAACGGUGAUAAAUUUUCAGUUUUUGUCAUCGCGCCUACAAAAUAUUGUGAUUAUAUUUUAAUCUCACCAGACUAUUUUAUUGUAGUAUUUUAUCGACUUGUCCGAAUGCUCUGUAAACUUUUAAACAGGUUUCAAAAUGCCUUUUCUUCAGUAGUGCAUUCUUGUGCAGAGAGUGGUUGAGUGAAUAACUUACUGUUUCCUUGGAGAAAAUCCCUCCUGGUUUUUCUGAUAUUGUCUCUUAGAUGACUUUUCCCAACUUAUUUUUAAGGUGAAAUGAUUGUCUUUCCACUUCCAUAUUAUGCCCCCAGUGGCACACAUUGAAACAUUCAGAAGUUUAGACAUAUUGCACUUAAUUUUCUUCCUAUUUCCAAUGCUUAUCUGUCAUUCCACUUUGUGAAUUUCAUAUCAAUACGUCUAUCAGAAAUAGAUUUACAGAGAAAAACAUCCUCAAUACUUGUUUUUGCUGUUGCAUAUUAAAUGCUCAUUUCGAUUGCAGAUUAUUAGCACCUACUUACUUAGUUUUGAGUUGUCACUACUUCAGUCUAAAACGAAAGACAUGAUCAUGUGUUUGUGGAGUCUUGUUGCAACAACUACACCAAGAAACAAACAUUACACCACAAAACACUUGCAUGCAAGAAGAAGACAUUUUGGCAGCAUAUUUCCCUUCUCAGUUGUCGUUGAGUUCCUUAAAUGAGUUAUUUUCUACAUUUAUGUUCUCAAAUCUGUGAGGGGUUGUGUAACUUUUCCUUGACGAAACUAUCCCAUACACUUUGUAGUACAUUUUAUUUUUAGUAACAACUCUAAGUGUGUCCGCUGCUGCAGCCACUCCACUUCUUAUUCCAGUCCAACAUUUAGAGCUCCUGCAGUACUUUCUUGAUCACCUUUCAGUGAACAUCAGCAUUAAUAUUUAGCCCUGCUAUCGUCUGGUGUGACAUCCUUUCAGCUCCCCUGCAUCAUUUAAGAAAAAAAAAAACUUUUUCAAGUUCAGAUGCUCUAAUUUAAAGCUUUAUUUAUCACAGAACGAUCAAUGCGAUUGGAUUACUAAGGCUAUUAAUAUGGAAUGAAAAAUUAUUAUUCUGAUGUAAAAAGUGCUUUUUCUGUUUGUUCCACAAGAGGGAGAUGGAACACUUUCUGAUACUCUUAACAUUCCUGUUUUGGAAAAAACACAUGGAUUUGAUGCAGAAUUGCACUUUAGUAAAUGACAUUAAUGCCCUUGUUUUGCACACAGGUUGUCAUUUCUGUCUCAACCCCAGAAUGUUAUAAUAAACCAAGUAACAUUCAAUUUCCUAUUGGUUUGAUUUCACUAAUCAAGCUAAGGUCUUUUUCUUCUUCUUCUUUUGUUUCAUUGUUUUGUCUAUAUUUGAAUUAUGAAACAUGUACAGUAUUUGUCAGUGAUUGCAUGUGAGAAUACUACAAGUACAAACCAAACACAUUAAAAAUGCAUUUAUUGUUAUUUCUGUCACCUCAAGUCUUCAUUAAUAAAGCAGAGAUACAGCAGCAA